ACAGCCCGGCCAGCGGGCGGGCGGGCUGCUGGGGCGGGGAGGUGGGACCGGCGAGAGGGGCGGCCGUGGGGCCCGGCCGGGCUGGGGCGGGGGGCCGCAGCCAUGAUCCGGGCCUUCUCGUUCCCGGUGAGCCCGGAGCGGGGUCGGCUGCGGGGAUGGUUGGAAGGCAGCCUGGCCGGGCUCUGCGAGUUGCAUUGGCUCCGAGAGAGGCAGGAGUACCGCGUGCAGCAGGCGCUGCGGCUGGCCCAGCCCGGGAUGGGGGGCGCCGAGGCCGAGGACGAGGAGGACGCCGAGGAGGACGAGGAUGCGGCAGCGGCGCGCAGGGCCGCAGCAGCCCUGGAGGAGCAGCUGGAGGCCCUGCCUGGGCUCAUCUGGGACCUGGGCCAGCAGCUGGGAGACCUGAGUCUGGAGUCUGGUGGCCUGGACCAGGAGAGUGGGCGCAGCUCAGGCUUCUAUGAAGACCCCAGUUCUACCGGAGGCCCAGAUUCACCACCCUCCACCUUCUGCGGGGACAGUGGCUUCUCCGGAUCUGGCUCCUAUGGACGCCUGGGUCCCUCGGACCCCCGGGGCAUCUAUGCCAGCGAGAGACCCAAGUCCUUAGGCGACGCCAGUCCCAGCGCUCCAGAGUCGGUGGGUGCCCGGGUUGCAGUGCCUCGAUCCUUCUCAGCUCCCUAUCCGACGGCGGCAGCCGGAGCUGAGACCUGCUCAUCCGCGGAACGGCGGGCUCGUGCUGGGCCCUUCCUGACACCUAGCCCGCUGCACGCGGUGGCUCUGCGCAGCCCACGGCCAAGUGGACGCGUACCGUGCGGCUCCCCGGACGUGGCGGCCAGCCGGCCCCUUGACGGCUACAUCUCGGCGCUCCUGCGCAGGCGCCGCCGCCGGGGGGCGGGCCAACCGCGCACGAGUCCCGGGGGCGCGGACGGGGGCGCGCGGCGCCAGAACGGCGCGCGCCCGCGGCCGCCCGAAGCGUCCCCGCCCCCCGGAGGCGCGCGACCCGCGCGGGAGCCGUCCACGGAGCGCGCCUGGGCUGCGGCGUGGGAGGCGGAGGUUCCACCCGAACCCGCGCCUCCGGCCGCCGCGUCGCCGCCCUCCAGUCCGGCAGAGGGCCGCCUCGUGAAGGCACAAUACAUCCCGGGCGCGCCCGCGGCCUCCAGGGGCCUCCCGGGCCGCGCCGCGCGCCGCCGGGCUCCGCCGCUCACGCGAGGUCGCAGCGUGGAGCAGUCCCCGCCAAGGGAGCGGCCGCGCGCUGCGGGCCGUCGGGGCCGCCUGGCAGAGCCGUCGGGGCGUCGGGGAUCGCCGAGGGCGCGCAAAGCGGCGCGCUCGCAGUCUGAGACCAGUCUACUGGGCCGCGCGCACGCCGCUCCGCCACCCAAGUACCCCACGGCCGAGCGAGACGAGCCCCGACCGCCCCGGCCCCGUCGUGGCCCAGCGCCCACGCCGACGGUCCAGGCCUGCCGUCGGUGGCGCUCCACCGCCGAGAUCGACGCGCCGGAUGGCCGCCGCCCCCGAGCCCGCGUGCCCGCGCCGCGAGGCCCUGCGCCCUCGCCCUCUGCGCCCCCGCGCCGGCUGCUGUACGGUUGCGCAGGCAGCGACUCCGAGUGCUCAGCGGCAGGGCGGCCGGUGCCGCUCGGCCGUCGGGUGCCGUCUGGAUGCGCUCCAGGAGGCUAUGGCGAGAGCGAGUCGAGUGCCAGCGAGGGCGAGUCGCCUGCCUUCAGCUCUGCCUCCAGCGACUCCGACGGCAGCGGAGGCCUCGUGUGGCCGCAGCAACUGGUGGCGGCCGCCGGGGCCUCGCCGUCGGGGCCCGGGGGUGCUGCGGGUGGAGGGACGCCUGCGGGCCCCGCCAAGGUCUUCGUGAAGAUCAAGGCAUCGCACGCGCUGAAGAAAAAGAUCCUUCGUUUUCGGUCAGGUUCUCUGAAGGUCAUGACAACUGUGUGAGUUAGGGCGGGAUGGGCUUGAACUUCACCUCCAUGGCCUCCGCACCCCUACACUUCUCAUCCUCCAACCCUCUCCACACCCACCUUCCAAAGACCACCGGUUUUCUCUGCUUCCAAAGACCCUCCUCACUCACUGCCCGCUGUCCAUAGCGGUCCUGGAGAGGCCGCCCCUUCCCCCCCCCCCACGGGGAGGCGCCCAGAUUGUCCCAGUACAGCUGGUUUUCAAAGCCUUGAACCAGAAGGCGCCCCUCCGUGGGCCACACUCUCCCCAUCUGUACAAUGGGUGUCCAUGUACGCAAUGCAGUAAUUCCGUUCGGGUCUCCCCUCCCCCACCCCCGUUUUAAUUUUAGAAGCUUAGUCUGUUCUCCACUUCUCUGACAUAGCCUUCUCAUUCCUCUUUUCCUUGCCCAGCUAGGGCUCCCUUCUCAUUCACAAAGUGCCCCCUCCAUGUCCCUGGACCCUUAGGAUAUCCCCUGGGACCCCCAAGUCAGAGACUGUCUGACUCAGGUUAUGCCUACAGAGUGCCAUGCCCUGGAAGAGGAAGUGGCACUGUCUUAGGGGCUUUGAGGGUCAAAUAGGAGUUGCCAACACCUGGAAAGGACUCUUUCUGCUCCAUCCUUGGACAGUCAUGGAGGAUUGGGAGGUUAGAGAGAGGAAGGAAGAUGGUUUCAAUCUCGUGCCUCUCCCUCCCCACGGGGGGUGGGGGAAGCUGAAUGGCCCUCAGCUGUUCCAAUCCAGUGGGUUUUUUAAAUUUUUUUUUGAUUAAAGAAAUUACUGUAUUUAUUAUGACAAUGGUGACUCCCCGGUGCAUGGGGGGCCAGAUUCUGUGUGUUUCUCUAACCUCUUUGUAAAUAAAUGCACAAUGUUACAUAUCC